UGCCCAGCAGCCCCCGUCCUGGUCUGCUACUGCGCUCUAAGGGGCGCUGCUCUGGGAACAGCCCAUCCCCCUCCCUGCGCCGGCUGAGCAGCUCUAUGAGCCGUGUGGCGGGGGGCUCCUUGGGAAAGGCCAGCCCGGGGGGAGAGGGCAGCGUGGAAGCAAGUGCUUGUGCGAGAGGCAGAAAAGCGGGGCGGGGGGUGGCUGCCUCGUGUCUGGAGCCCGGGAACAGGAGGCAACGUGACAGGCCCCCAUAAGGGUGACCGGGUAGGGCGGGGCUUGGUCAGGAAGAGCUUCAGUUUGAAGCAAUAAAGGAAUAAGUGGAGAUGGGGGCCGGCUCGUAACCAUGGGCCCGGCACGAUGAUCUUAGUGCCAGACUUCAGAGUGGUGCUGAUGGGGGGUUAGAUGGCAGGAAGGCCUGUGGAAAGAGCUCUGGUUCUGUGGACAGAAGAAAAGCUAGAUCCUGGAAUUGUUAUGGUGGGAGGAAAUGGCAACUUUUUGAAAUAGCCAGGAUGUACAGGUCUAGGAUGUGUGUGGAGUGAAAUGUUACCAUGGUUACAGUCCUGGUCAACUGAAAAUAUAGUGGUGCUGUUAUCUGUGAUGGAGAGAGGGGAAAGCACUGGGUUUGGAAGGAAAGACUGUUUGGGGGCAUGUUAUAUUUAGCUGAUGGCAAGAGAUCCAAGAGGAAUUAUUGGAGAAACAGACUGAGAUGUGGUAUUAGAUUGGAGAGUUAGACUGGUGUAAGAGAGAGCUCUUAAAUCAUGGGAGCAGAUUAGGAUUGCCCAGAGAGAGGGGAUAUAAAGAGAGAAGAGGAGGGGGCCAAGGAGAGUGGGAGAACAGGAUGAUGAUCCACUGAAUGAAUCAGGAGAAGACAGUUAUGGAUGACAUAGAGAAUGUAGGUGUGAUAACGGCUGUCAAAGGCAGAGCAGAAGUCAACGAAAAUGGAGCUGGAGUAGAGGUUCUGAACUUUGGUUGGUUAGAGGUCAAAAGAGAUUCUGAGAGCUGAGUUAGUGAAAUGGAGAGGGCAGAAGCCAGACUGGAGUUGGAGGAGAGGAACUUUCAACAAUGAGGCCUGGUCUACACUACGGGUUUAGGUCGACUUUAGCAGCGUUAACUCGAAUUAAGCCUGGACACGUCCACACGACGAAGCCCUUUCUUUCGACUUAAAGGGCCCUUUAAACCGGUUUCUUUACACCACCUUCAACGAGGGGAUUAGCGAUAAAAUCGGCCUUUGCGGGUCGGAAUUGGGGUAGUGUGGACGGAAUUCGACGUUAUUGGCCUCCGGGAGCUAUCCCACAGUGCUUCAUUGUGACCGGUCUGGACAGCACUCUCAACUCAGAUGCACUGACCAGGUAGACAGGAAAAGACCCGCGAACGUUUGAAUUUCAUUUCCUGUUUGCCCAGCGUGGAGAGCACAGGUGACCACGCAGAGCUCAUCAGCACAGGUAACCGUGAUGGAGUCCCAGGAUCGCAAAAGAGCUCCAGCAUGGACCGAACGGGAGGUACGGGAUCUGCUCGUCAUAUGGGGAGAUGAAUCGGUGCUAGCUGAACUCCGUAGCAGUAAAAGAAAUGGCAAAGUAUUAGAAAAGGUCUCCAAGGCCAUGAAGGACCGGGGCCAUAACAGGGACACGCAGCAGUGCUGCGUGAAAGUUAAGGAGCUACGGCAAGCUUACCACAAAGCCAGAGAAGCAAAUGGAAGGUCCGGGGCAGAGCCGCAAACUUGCCGCUUCUAUGCGGAGCUGCAUGCCAUUCUAGGGGGUGCAGCCUCCACUACCCCAACCGUGUGCUAUGUCUCCGUCAAUGGAGAAACACACAGGGAAGACGGUUCGGGAACGAGGAAGAUGAGGAUGGAGGUACUGUAGGUAGCUCACAGCAGCAAGGAAGCGGAGAAACCGGUUUCCCCAACAGCCAGGAUAUGUUUGUGACCCUGGACCUGGAACCAGUAACCCCCGAACUCACCCAAGACCCUCAGGGCACACAGGAGACCUCUGCUGCAAAUGUUUCUCCUUCGCAGAGGCUAGUGAACAUUAGAAAGAGAAAACGGAGGACGCGGGACGAUAUGUUCGCGAAGCUCCAGAUGUCCUCCCACGCUGAUAGAGCACAGCAGAAUGCGUGGAGGCAGUCAAUGUCAGACAUGAGAAAAGCACAAUAUGAACGAGAGGAGAGGUGGCAGGCUGAAUCGCGGGAUGAAAAGAGCAAGCAGCGGGCUGAAGAUGAUAGGUGGCGUCAGCUUGUAGACAGACGGCAAGAGUCAAUGCUCCGUCUGCUGGAGCAUCAAACUGAUAUGCUCCAGCGUAUGGUUGAGCUGCAGGAAAGGCAGCAGGAGCAGAGACCGCCGCUACAGCCCCUGUUUAACCAACAGCCCUCCUCCCCAAGUUCCAUAGCCUCCUCACCCAGACGCCCAAGAACACGGUGGGGGGGCCUCCGGCCACCCAGUCACUCCACCCCAGAUGAUUGCCCAAGCAUCAGAAGGCUGGCCUUCAAUAAGAGUUAAAGUUUUAAACUGCAGUGUGUCCUUUUCCAUCCCUCCUCCCCCACCCAUCCCAGGCUACCUUGGCAAUUAUCCCCCUACAUCUGUGAGGAAUUAAUAAAGAAUGCAUGAAUGUG